UUUCCCGUUGAGCAACGGUAGUGUGCAACGGUCAGUAGGUGUCUAGAAUUCGCGGUAAGCAGUCGAACCCACUGGAACAAUCCGUUCUUUGCAAGGUGACGGUGUCGAGUUUAGUUGCCAAGGAAUAAACCCUUUUUUGAACUAGCUGCAGAAUUUGCCAAAACUAAAGAAAGUGUGUAGCAAGUUGGUAGUUAAAAUUAACAAAGUGAACAAACAAAGGUGUGCAGAGUGUACAGAAAUCUUCGUUUUCUUUUGGUAAAAUUCCCUCCUUUUUCAUCAGUUCCUUUACAACUCAUGGACAGCUAGAUCGUUUCGUAGGUGAAGAAAAGUGCUGCAAGUGUACGUCGUAGCUCUGUUGCGAUGGCUAACUUAAAAAUUGAAACGCUUCCCGAUCCGGGUAAUCGGUAUAAGCUCGGCGAACUCAUCGGAAGUGGUGUUUGUGCCAAGGUGUAUCUGGCUACUGAUACGCAGGCCGGCAACAAAAAUGUGGCGAUCAAGGUGCAAAAGUUCGAAGGUGACAUGAAAACGGCCAUCCAGGAGGAAUUUCGCAUUUUGCGCGAUCACUCCAAACAUGCUAACUUCAUCGACUUUUACGGCGUUUAUCGGAAGAAGUGUCCUGCGGGGGAGUGUGACGAGAUUUGGUUCGUAUUGGAGUACUGUGACUAUGGUCCAGCUGUGGAUGUCGUUCGGAAGCUGUUCGUUAGCAACCGUCGCGCUACUGAGAUGCAGCUGGCGUACAUUUUGCGUGAAGUUUCGCGUGCAUUGGUUUAUCUGCACGAGCACCAUAUCGUACAUCGAGAUGUCCGUGGAAGCAACAUUCUGCUGUCGAAGGACGGUGAGAUAAAGUUGUGCGAUUAUGGCUUGGCACGCGACACGAAGUCUACGCUCGGCAAGCGAGGCACUUGCAUCGGUUCUCCUUGCUGGAUGGCGCCGGAAGUUGUCACCAGCUCCAAGAGUGACAACGAUGUGUACGAUAAUCGAUCGGACGUGUGGGCAUUGGGUAUAACGGCGAUUGAGCUGGGUGAUGGAAAGCCACCCUUUUCGGACAUGCACGCAACACGUGCGAUGUUCCAAAUCGUACGCAAUCCUCCACCAACACUCUAUCGCCAGUCUAAUUGGUCCCAGGAGUAUAACGACUUCAUAGCUGAAUGUCUCGAGAAGAAUCCCGAUCACCGACCGUUCAUUAUGGAAAUUAUUGAACAUCCCUUUUUGACGCAAGUGCCCGAAAAUGACUACCACCUGAGUCAAGAAAUGAAAAUGCUAGCCGAAUCGGUACAAAACAUACAGCUACCGAAGAAGGAAGAAGUAGCAGUCGUACGUGGUUUGCUGAAAUCGGUAGAAAAUCGACCAGAAAAACUGCACGUCGAAGACCUUGCUGCACUGGAGCAUCUGUCCGAGGAGACAAUACUGGAAGAGGUGUCACAGCGUUACAAAAACGGUAACACGUACACGUUUGUGGGCGAUGUGUUGAUAUCACUUAAUCCUAACGAAACCAUCCCGGAGUAUGUACGUGGGUUCCACUCGAAGUACAUGUUUAAAUCACGCUCCGAUAAUGCUCCACACAUCUUUGCGAUUGCCGACAGUGCGUACCAGGACAUGUUGCACCACGAGGAACCGCAGCAUAUCAUACUGGCCGGUGAGAGUUAUUCGGGAAAAACGACUAACUUGAAGCUCCUGAUGAAGCACCUUGGUGUGCUUGGUGAGGGAAACCCAGGUGUAUACGAACGCCUCGUAAACGGAUACAAGGCACUGAGCAGCCUAACCAAUGCUGGAACUCCAUUGAAUCCGAAUUCUACUCGCAGUAUCGUACAGGUGCAACUUACAUAUGGAUCAACUGGAAAACUAUCUGGUGCCAUUUUUUGGGUGUAUCUCCUAGAGAAGCUUCGCAUUUCCUCUACCAACAUGAAUCAGUCAAAUUUUCACAUCUUCUACUACUUCUACGACACGAUGGAUGCUGAGGAACGAUUGUUGGACUUUUCGUUGGAAGGUGGCCGUAACUAUCGCUAUCUCCGCAUAUCCGACGCCAUGAGCUCGGAUAAGCUGAAAUACUGCCGUGAUGAUAUCGCCGGCAACGUGAAAGCUUUCAAAGAGUUUGAGGAGCAGCUACUAGCGUUGGAAUUGUCGCAGGACAUCCUGGAAACGAUCUACCGAACGUUAGCCGCUAUUUUGUUGCUCGGUGAGGUACGCUUCAAGGAAACGCAAGGUGAAACCGAGCUCGAAAGCUUCGAAGUGAUCACCAAGAUAGCGGCACUGCUGCAGCUGGACGAGAAAAAGUUCCAGUGGGCACUGCUCAACUACUGCGUGAUUGUGCGCGGAUCAGCCGAACGUCGGCGUCAUACGGCCGAUGAGGCACGGGAUGCGCGGGAUGUUUUAGCAGCUACCAUCUACUCCCGGCUGGUGGACUGGAUAACGAACACCAUCAAUCAGAAGCUUUCGUUUGGCCGAGCCAUUUAUGGAGAUAAACAUUCUGUCACCAUUACGGACCAUUUUGGAUUUGAGUGCUUCCAUCGGAACCACAUCGAUCAGUUGGUUGUUAAUUCCCUUAACGAACAGAUGCAGUAUUUAUACAAUCAGCGUAUCUUUGUGUUUGAAAUGAUUGAAAUGGAAGAGGAACAAGUUCCGGUAACUGCACUUCACUACUACGAUAACAAACUGGCCGUUGAUCACAUUCUAACCAAACCGAAAGGCGUGUUUAGCUUCAUCGAUGACGCUAGCCGAGGACGUCACGGGCAGAACUACAUAAUCGAUUCGAUCCAUACGAACAAAAGUCCCUUCAUAAAGCGUACCAGCGGGCACGAGUUUACGGUGGCACACUACACUGGCCGUAUAACGUACGAUGCCCGCGGCAUGCCGGAUAAGAACCGUGACUUUAUACCGCCGGAAAUGGUGGAAACGUUACGCGCUUCCGGUGAGCCGAUCAUCAAGAUCAUGUUCUCGAAUCAGUUGUCACGCACCGGCAAUCUGACGAUGGCAGCGGAGGAAGCACUCGGCGUCCAGUCGGACAAACCGAACAAGAAGAAACGCUGGGGUGCAGCACUGGUAGCGGAAAAGAACAAGGCGAAAAAGAUGAACACCCUCUCCAAGGGCAUGUAUUCGCAGGUUCACAAAAUGCGCACCAUUGCCGGGGUCUUCCGGGCGACUAGCCUUGAGCUGUUUAAAACACUUUCGAUCGGUCCGAACAGCGGUGGCACACAUUUCGUACGCUGUAUACGAGCAGACCUUGAGUACAAACCGAAGGGUUUUGCACCGGAAAUGAUUCGUCAGCAGAUGCGUGCCAUGGCCGUGCUUGAUACGGCACGGGCCAGGCAGAAGGGCUUUUCGCACCGGAUCCCGUUCCAAGAGUUCCUGCGACGAUAUCAGUUCCUAGCAUUUGAUUUCGACGAGAACGUGGAAAUGACACGUGAUAACUGCCGUCUGUUGCUGAUUCGCCUGAAGCUCGAGGGUUGGGUCAUUGGGAAGACGAAAGUGUUCCUAAAGUACUACAACGUGGAGUACUUGCAGCGUCUGUAUGAGACGCAGGUUAAAAAGAUUGUCAAAAUUCAAUCGAUGAUGCGUGCGUUCCUUGCGAAGCGUACCGUUGCGACCAAACUGAAGCAGAUCCAUCGUGAAUCAGUUCGCAAACGGCAACCGGACAGCAAGGACAAUCAGGAUGAGGCGGCUCUUAAAAUUCAGUCCGCAUAUAGGGGCCAUAUGGCCCGGAAGAAGUAUCGUCCGUUGAUAAACGAUCGAACGGGCAAACUGGAUGCGGAAACGGCCGAAUUUAUGAAACCAUUUGCCUAUCGCUGGAGAAAGAAGUCCAUGUACCAGGUGUUGCUGCAGUACCGUGCUGCGCGCUAUCAGGAUCUUGUAAACAUGUCCCAGCAGGUUCACAUCUACAACCAACGGCUUGUGGCUGGAUUCGCUACCAACAGCAAUUGCAUCAUGCUGGACAAGAUCGAUCCGAACCAGCGUAAUCCGGCAUUGCUCGGUACCCAGCGACCAGCGGUGUGGAAAUUACGGUUCCGUUUUGACGAUAUUCCCUUCUUCGAUACGACGUACAUGUGCGAUCCAUCGGCUGCAUCCUACAUCUACACCGGUAACGAUUCCGACACCGAGGACUGGGAUGCACCGUUACGGCGUAGGAAAAACCUUUCCUCCGAAAUUACCCAUUCCGCUCGGAAAGGUAUACGGACGGACGGGUACGGUGAUGUCGGUGAGCAUUCGCUCGCCAACGAGCCAUUCCAUCGGGAUCCGAGCUUACCGAUCAAACGCCUCUCUCCACAUCGUGUAGUGGAACCGUACAACGUCGUCAAUCGACCUCGUUCACCGAUUCAAUCUUCGGUGCAGAUGUCCUCAGUAUAUUCGCCCAUACCGUACGCUCGCCAGAGUGUGGAUGAUAUUCGUAACAAAUUCAGUGGCGCUAGCUUCGAUGAAACGGGCUCCGUCACUAGUAAGACGGCAGUUUACAAGAAACGGCAGGCACCGCGAGUUCCGAUUCCCGAACCGGAAGUACCGAUCGCUGCCGAGUUCCCAUCGAAAGGCAUCAAGAAACGGCAAGCACCGCAACCCCAGAUUCGAUCGAUCACACCAACGAAAAUCAAUCCGAUCAAAGAAAUGGAGCUGAUUGGCAAGAAAAACACCGAUGAGAAUGACAACUCGGACGACGAACCACCGUUCAACUUCCAGGGUAUGUUGCGAAAGACCAAUUACAACCGUGCCUCAAUGAAGCGCAAUUCGGAAGGGCUUUCCAUGACCACGACCAGCAUCGACUUUGAGGAUGCCAACAAUAAUAACAACGGUAACAGCUACUACCCCACUGCCAAUGUGGAUGCUAGGGGAAGAGAUACGUCCUCCGCCAACGUGGUCUACCAGAGCAAACCGACAUCGGAACGUCCGAAAUCCUGCCAGGGUACGGAGAAUGGCAACCAUAGCAACAGCACUUCACCCAACCAGCGCAAGCUAUCGCUCUCCCAGGACACGUUCAUGGCGAACGACCAAAAGGCGGGACCAUCGAGAAGUCGUUCCACUACACCGCAGGAUGAAAACCACAACAGCCUGACGGGUGGCUUCAUCAGUGAAGAGAUCGUACCGGGCAUCAUCGUGGAGGGUUACGUGGAAGAGUUCUAGGUCCUCUUUGCUCGUGGAAACAUAUAGCUAGUGUGCAACAAUCGUAUGGCACACCGUUACUCGUAAUUGUUCUCGUUAAUGUGUUGGUUUUGCACCUUCCCCCACCUAUACGUCCAAUAAAGUCUAUCCAAGGAAA